GAAACAUUGCAAGGCUUCAUCACUGGUUCACUCACCUUGAGUCAUAUCACAUAUAACAUUACUUUAUUGCGCACGCAAACAACCAAACCCGUCGCCAUCACACCAGACAUGCGCACAAGGCAUCGCGUCAUACUUCCAACAAAUUACUCGCGCAUAGAGGCCAAUCGAAAACAGUAAAAUGUCAACAUCGACCCCGACCACAGACAUGUACGGCCUUCUCGCCAGGCUGCCCAAUGAACUCUAUCAGGACAUCCAGACCCGCGUCAUGGUCCCAUCGCCGAUAUGGGCACAACUCGAUCCUUCGAAAGACCCCUCAAUUGCGCCUCAGAAUGGUUCAUCCCCAUUUCUCGCCCUGCCCUGUGAGAUGCGCCGCCAGAUUCUCAGCUAUCUACUACCAUCAAAGGACAAGAUCAUCGAGCCGUCCCAAUCGUCGACCAAUCUUGAAGCGGACACUCUCUCUUUCACCGCCGCGCGUCAGCGCAUAGACUUCAAGCCUGAUCCGAGAGUUGGCGACGCACUUGUACUCAACAAGAAGAUCGCAAGCGAGAUUCUCAUCAUGCUAUAUGAAGAGCGCACCUUCGCCAUCAACAUCCACGAAGGAAUCCUUGACGGCGGCGUCGAAUUCCUCGAUUCGGGUCUCCAGCAGCUCCAGUACCGCGAGCACUUCACUCAAGUACGCUUCAAGCGCUUCGAAGGCCCCGAAGACCCGUACGGCUUCUCACGCAUCAAGCGUCUCUUGAUCCGCAUCUAUCCCGCAAAGGAGGAAGCCACCGAGAAGAAGACAAGCCGCCACGAUGCCAUGCACACUCACUUUAUGCUCCGCGCCCUCGUCCAGCUUCUUCAGAGGGACCCCAGUUUCGGCCUCAACUACCUGCAAAUCCGCUUCAUCGAACCUAGGCGCACCCCAUGGCGUCCUCACCCUUGGCAAAACAGCUCCAACUCCUUGCCACGCAGCUCUUCCAUCCAUGGCGUUUCCAACGUCGAAGUCAUCAUGCGCGCCUUGCUCGAACUGCGCAAAAUCCACACCAUCGCAUGCGUACUUCCCAUUGGCCUAUACAAAGACAGCAAUCUCAAGGAAUUUGUCGAGCACUUCAAAGGCGUGAUCACUGGCAAUAUCGAGCCAAACACCAUGGAUCACUAUCUUGCUUUGCAGAUCGAAGGUGCAAGAGAUAUGCUCGAUGGCUGGAUCCAGUCAAUCUUGUUUCCAGCAACCAAAGUCACACAUGAGAAUCACUAAGGUUCUGGUGUUUGGUCUGCUUGGAAAAAGAUGGUGGAUGACAUCUAAGACAUGCCGAUAGAACGACGAAAGAUGGCUCAUCAGAACACUCAUGCAAUACACUGGCUUCCGCAAACUUCCAUACUUCUAUACAAAUGUGGGCGUAUAUACAUUGCUCUUUGUAUCAUGGAAUCUUCAAAACUUUUCUCGAGCGGGAAGAGAAUAAUCAGAUAUCGUCCCUGAA